CACAUAGCGAAGCCCAACGCUUAACCUGCGCACCACAGGAGAUCCAUUCACCCAAAAUAGAAAAGCAAAGAACAGAGAAGAAAAACAGAAACGAGCUGAAGUAAAAAGGUUUUCGGACGAGUCAGACUCAGUCCUUCCCAUUUCUACACUCAAGUCAGAAUCCUCUUCCAGAAACUCUCCUCCGGCCGGAGCGCAGCGCACCUGAAGCAGAGACGAAACCGAGCUGGAUGAGAUUCUAGUCUCAACAUGUAUAUAAAACAGGUUAUCAUUGAAGGGUUUAAGAGUUACCGGGAGCAAGUAGCCACCGAGACUUUCAGUCCAAAAGUCAACUGUGUUGUGGGCGCUAAUGGAUCUGGAAAAUCGAACUUUUUCCAUGCGAUUCGUUUUGUGCUAAGUGACCUCUUUCAAAACCUGCGAAGUGAAGAUAGGCACACUCUACUGCAUGAAGGUGCUGGACACCAAGUGUUAUCUGCCUUUGUGGAGAUUGUUUUCGAUAAUUCAGAUAAUCGCAUCCCGGUGGAUAAGGAGGAAGUGCGUCUGCGUAGAACAAUUAGUUCAAAAAAAGAUGAGUAUUUCCUGGAUGGAAAACAUAUUACGAAAACUGAAGUUAUGAAUUUGUUGGAAAGUGCUGGUUUCUCUCGCUCAAACCCGUAUUAUGUAGUGCAGCAAGGAAAGAUUGCAUCGUUAACAUUAAUGAAAGAUUCUGAGCGUCUGGAUUUAUUGAAAGAAAUCGGCGGAACACGAGUAUAUGAAGAGAGACGUCGUGAAAGUUUGAAAUUAAUGCAAGAAACAGGAAAUAAAAGGAAGCAGAUAGUGCAAGUUGUUCAAUACUUGGACGAGAGACUGAAGGAACUGGAUGCAGAGAAAGAUGAGCUGAGGAAGUAUCAACAGCUUGAUAAGCAGCGUAAAUCUCUUGAGUACACAAUUUAUGAUAAAGAACUCCAGGAUGCUCGGCAGAAAUUGAAAGAGGUUGAGGACGCUCGAAACAGGGUAUCAGAAACUUCAGCCAAGAUGCAUUACAAUGUGUUGGAUGCCCAUGAAAAGUCUAAGGACUUGGACACACAAAUGAAGGAUCUCACGAAAGAACUUCAAGGAUUGAAUAAAGAGAGAGAGGCUGUGGAGAAGCAACACAGUCAAGCAAUAAAGAAACUGACAGAGCUUCAGCUUGAUGUGAAAGAUAUGCAAGAGAGGAUGUCAGGAGCUAACCAAGCCAAAGACGAUGCGGGACGCCAGCUGAAAAGUGUUGAAAAAGAAAUUCAAGAUUCGGUGAAGGAGCUUGAAAAAAUUAGCCCAUCAUACGAGGAACAAGUUCAAAAAGAAAAGGAGAUUACAAAAGGAAUAAUGGAUCGUGAGAAGCAGCUUAGCAUACUUUAUCAGAAGCAAGGUCGAGCUACACAAUUUGCCUCCAAAGCUGAUCGUGACAAAUGGCUUCAGAAGGAAAUUGAGGACCUGCAACGGGUCCUUUCUUCAAAUUUGGCUCAGGAGAAAAAGCUUCAGCAGGAAAUUAAUAAACUCAAUGUGGACUUAGCAACUCAAGAUGCAUACAUUACGGAUCGCAAGGCUGACAUUGAAAAAAUUCAGUCUCAUAUUUCUCAGUCACGAAAAGGAUUCAGUAACCAUAAAGAUCAGAGAGAUAAGCUGCAUGAUGAGCGAAAGGCAUUGUGGGGAAAGGAAAAUGCCCUUGAUGCUGAAAUUGAUAAGCUGAAGACAGAACUUGAGAAAGCAAAGAAGAGUCUUGAUCAUGCGACUCCUGGUGAUGUUAGGCGAGGACUUAAUUCUAUGCGGCGUAUCUGUAGAGAACAUAAUAUCACAGGGGUUUUUGGGCCAAUUAUCGAGUUGCUUGAUUGUGAUGAAAAGUUCUUUACAGCUGUGGAAGUUACUGCUGGAAAUAGCCUUUUUCAUGUGGUCGUUAAGGAUGAUGGAGUGUCAACCCAAAUAAUCAGACAGCUUAAUGCUCAGAAGGGUGGACGAGUUACGUUUAUACCUCUGAAUAGGAUUAAGGCUCCAAGGGUGAACUACCCAACAAAUUCUGAUGAUGUGGUAGCCCUAAAAAAGAAGUUGAAGUUCAAGGAAAGUUUCGACCCUGCAUUUCAACAGGUAUUUGGUAGAACAGUGAUAUGCCGAGAUUUGGAUGUUGCCACAAGGAUUGCUAGGACUGAUGGUCUGGACUGCAUAACAUUGGAAGGUGAUCAAGUAAGUAAGAAAGGUGGUAUGACUGGUGGAUUUUACGACCACCGCCGCUCAAAAUUGAGGUUCAUGAAUGCUAUCAUCCAGAAUCAGAAUUCGAUACAAGCGAAAGAGAAAGACCUGAAAGAUGUCAAAGCUACGCUUGAAGAUAUCCUUUGUCUUGUAGUCUCACGUGUAGAGCGGAAAAUCACAGAGCUGGUAACAGAGCAGCAGAAAAUUGAUGCUGAGCAGGGACAUGAUAAAACAAAAUUGGAGCAGCUGAAGCAGGAUAUUGCUAACGCCAAUAAGCAAAAGGAAUUCUAUUCUAAAGCUCUGGACAAGAAGGAAAAAUCGAUUGCGGAUGUAAGGAACCAAAUAGAGCAGCUUAGAGCCAGUAUGGCUGUGAAACAGGAUGAAAUGGGCACAGAACUCAUUGACCACCUAACGCCAGAGGAAAAAACCCUUCUAUCGCGUCUGAACCCCGAAAUAAGUGAUUUAAAGCAGGAGCUCAUCAGGUGUCGAGCAGAACGUGUUGAGACUGAAACGAGAAAGGCAGAGUUGGAGACUAAUCUUACCACUAACCUCAAAAGGAGAAAACAAGAACUGGAAGCCAUUUUAUCCUCUCCAGAAGAUGAUGCGUUGAAUACCGAUGCUGCAUUGAAGGCACAGGAAUUAGAGGAAGCUGAAUCACUGGUGGAUGCUGCGAAAGAGGAGCUCAAAAGAGUUUCUGCCACCAUAAAUGACAUAAAGAAGCAGCUGAAGAAGAUAAAAGAUGAAAAGAUAAAAUUGCAGACAUCAGAAGAAACCUAUGAGAGGACACUCCAGGAAGAAGCUAAGGAACUGGAGCAGCUACUGAGUAAAAGAAAUGUACUUCUUGCUAAGCAAGAGGAGUACUCCAACAAAAUUAGGGAAUUGGGUCCACUUUCAUCUGAUGCUUUUGACACGCAUAAGCGAAAGAAUAUCAAAGAGUUGCAGAGAAUCCUCCAUAGAUGCAAUGAGGAACUACAAAAGUUUAGUCAUGUAAACAAGAAGGCACUAGAUCAAUAUGUCAAUUUCUGGGAGCAACGAGAAGAACUUCAGAAAAGGCAAGCUGAACUAGAUGCAGGUGAUGAGAAAAUCAAAGAGCUGAUAACAGUUCUGGAUCAGCGGAAGGAUGAAUCUAUAGAGCGUACUUUCAAAGGUGUUGCUAGGCAUUUUCGAGAAGUGUUUUCUGAACUUGUCCAAGGGGGUCAUGGCCAUCUGGUUAUGAUGAAGAAGAAGGACGGUGAUCAAGAGGAUGACGACGACGAAGAUGAUGGGCCUCGUGCAGCUGAUUUGGAAGGCAGAGUAGAGAAAUACAUUGGUGUGAAAGUAAAGGUUUCUUUCACAGGGCAAGGAGAGACGCAGUCGAUGAAGCAGUUGUCCGGGGGCCAGAAAACGGUCGUUGCUAUGACAUUGAUCUUCGCUAUACAGCGUUGUGACCCUGCUCCUUUCUAUCUUUUCGACGAGAUCGAUGCGGCACUUGAUCCACAGUACCGAACAGCGGUUGGAAAUAUGAUACGUCGGCUGGCUGACAUGGCAAGCACCCAAUUCAUAACGACGACAUUCAGGCCGGAGCUGGUGAAAGUUGCUGACAAGAUAUAUGGGGUGACACAUAAGAACAGAGUGAGCCGGGUGAACGUCGUGUCCAAGGACGAUGCCAUAGAUUUCGUGGAGCGCGACCAGUCCCACAAUGCCGAGUAGAGGGUACGAGGCUCUGCAGUUUUCCUCUGGGAAAUAGCUAACCAUGUAAAUGGUAGAAGUACAAAAGUAGGAUGGAAGGAGGGAAGCGUGUUUAUAUUGCAGUGGACCAAGGAACCUCUUUAUGUUCCCUGGGAUUACUAUCUACUGUUUCUUCUGUGCUUAAAGCUAAAAUUGGUAUUAGUCAAAGUUGAUGUAGUAGACCUGGAUUUCAAGGCAUCCACAGAGACAUAGUUCAACUACAAUCUUGAUGUACUGGCUGAAAGACGGUCCAGCAUUCAACACGGCCACCACCACUAGUAGUAAUAUUGCUACUUUCGUAGUUAAUAACCUCUCCAUCAUCAACUUGUUAUCUUCUCUCUUUUCCUUUGUGA